AUGCAGGGUAUGACACCCAAGGUCGAACUCAACAAGGCCAGUCUAGAUCAUGCACGAAAGCUCCUGAUACAGAUGUUGAACGACGCUGGAGUACCGCACGCGUCCAGUUGGGAAAAGGCCUUGAUCCCGAUCUUACGACAGUGUACAGAUGACGUCAAUCCUGAUGUAGAUAGAGGAGAUGACAUCGACGUGAGGAACUACAUCAAGUUGAAAAAGAUCCCGGGUGGUAAGCCAAAGGACACCGCAUACGUAUCGGGAGUGGUAUUUACCAAGAACGUUGCCCUGCGGAGUAUGCCGCGCAAUAUACCCAACCCAAGAAUCGCCAUCAUCACUUUCGCUAUUGAGUAUGCGCGACACCAAACACACUUCAUGAGCCUUGAGCCCGUCAUCGCUCAGGAGCGGGAAUACCUUCGUAACCUCGUAAGUCGUAUCGCAGCUCUCCAACCUCACGUCCUGCUCGUACAACGUAAUGUGUCUGGCUUGGCACUCGAAUUCCUGGAGAAAGAGGGAAUUGCCGUAGUCUACAACGUCAAGCCUACAGUACUGAACGCUGUCGCGCGAUGCACAAAUUCGAAAAUGAUCUCAUCCGUCGACAAGUUGGCCAUAGACCCAACCCAUCUUGGGUCUUGCGGCAGGUUUGAUGUCAAGACCUACGUGCACAAGAAUGCAAGGAAAACCUACAUCUUUCUGUCUGGGUGCCAGAAAGAACUAGGCUGCACAAUUGUUCUACGAGGUGCCGAGAGUCAUAACCUGGUCAGGCUGAAACGCGUUACUGAGUUCAUGACGUAUGUCGUGUACAAUCUUCGGCUCGAGACUUGCCUGAUGCGCGACGAAUUCAUAGAUACACCAACAGCAUCCAUUACUGGUACUCUCGCCUUGGACCGCCAAGAUCAAGACGGCUCACGAACUCAAAGCGGUGGAGACGAUACCGCUUCUCAGCCUACUAACGCGUUGCAUGAUGGGAACGACCUGCGAUCUAGCGAUGCUGCACCCUCUUACUAUAGCGACAUGGUCGAAAACCACCGAACAAAGAUCCUUUCUUCUUCGCCAUUCGUCAAAUUCAUGCAACCUUAUCUGCUCGAACAGGCCCGCCAGUACGAAGCAAAGCUUGGCCAUCUGAAGAAGCUAAAGAACCAGUACACUGCUGAUGAAAGUGACGAAAAGCCCGGUGAAAUUGGCCAGAAGUUCGAACUCGUACAGCCCGAGAUGGUCCACACCGUGGUGGAGAAGGCUUCAAAGCAAGUUCGGGAAUUCUUAUCUGCAGUGCAUGCAUCAGAAUACGACAAGGCAUUGAAUCAGUACCUGACACAGAAGCGACAGUGGGAGCAGUAUCUCUCGGGUAACACGGAUCUUUACGACCCGUUCAACCACCAGAAGAUUGCCGUACUCUACAGUGUUGUCAAUACUGUAACCUCAACUCCCUGCAUUGGACCAGAAAUCAUCGCGCUUGGCUUUUACCAAGAACAUGAUUACGACGAUGGCUUCACGCCAGACUGCACAUUGGGCCAAUACGUGGAGGACUUGUGCACUUCAGCCAGUGUUGCUUGUGAAGUGGGCAAUUGCGACCGGAGAAUGCUCGAUCACUCUCGGCAAUACGUGCAUGGAGAAGGUCAGAUGACGGUCAUUGUCCAGAAGCACCCACCGAAGCUGAAAGGCAUGUAUCAAACCAUUCUCAUGUGGAGCUGUUGCCGAAUAUGUGGCCAGGAAACGCAAGCUUUUCCCAUGUCGGAGUGGAGUUGGAGAUACUCUUUCGCCAAAUACCUAGAGUUGACUUUCUGGAGUACUAAACUGCAUCCACGAGCGGGUAUAUGUCCCCAUGACAUUCACAAGGACCACGUUCGCUACUUCGGCUACAGCAAUGUUGCUCUACGUAUCCAGUAUGACCCCGUACCGAUGUACGAGGUCAUCGCUCCCAAGCCGAAUGUGACCUGGAAAGUGGAUAGCGACCUAAGGUUGAAGAAUAGCCAAUAUUCGAUGAUCGAGGAGAAGUUGGACUGCUUCAUGGACUCGCUUCGCGCUCGUAUCCAGGGGAUACAUGUCGAAGAUGUCAUUCCAGAGAAGGUGGAUGUUUGCCGCAAGGAAGUUGAGAUACUUUCAAAACGCGCGAACGAGGAACACGAGUGGCUGAAAUCCAAACUCCAAGACAAGUACAUGAACUCCAAAUACUACGAGAUCAUCCCCAUGAAUCGCGCCAUUCGCGCCAUUCAGGAAAAGGCAAUCGCCUGGGAUGUGACUUUUCUGGAGUUUGAGCAGCAGUUCUUCCCGUCCGAGCGAGAUAUUAGGAGGUAUGCGAACAUGCAACUGAAGAGAUUCUUGGAGCGGGAUGAGUCUACGAGCUCUUUGGCAUCUGUGGACGAGGGCGGGGAAUCAGGUGCGGACGAUUCGUACAUCGAUGAGAAGGAUGAGUCGAUUGCGUUAUCGCCGAGGCCAUCUAAUCUGUCACCAGAAAUGGCCCGCGACAUGUUGAGCUCCGUUGUCAAAGAAGAGAGUUCGACUAGCGAUCAGCCUGCGGAUGGGGGAGAACAGACGUCUGGACCCACCACGCCCCCUCUGACCAAGCCUAGUUCAGAUUUGCCAAUCCAGACCCCGCGGGAGGCACUUGAGCGAGAAGACGUCCGUCACCUGGAUCUUGCAGUGCCCUCCAACUAUCCUGAGACACCUGCAGUCGGCAAUGAAGAACUCACCAAGACACCAACUGUUGCUUCUGAUCCUAACAAGUACGACGAAGGGUCGCCUACACCUACCAGUCUUCCGAGGGUAAAUCCGAUUGAUAAGUCGCUUGCUGAAGCGAUUGAGAACAUGCCGAGUAGCCCAUCACCAUUACCGUCAGCUUCGAACAUCACAGCUGAAAGCAAAAUUCCGCGGCUGGUCGAGCCCGGUCGACGUGAGACACCGGCCCGGCCAACAGCACUUGUGAGAACACAAUCUCAGCCUGGAAAUAUUGCUAAACACAUCGGCCCUUUCCCAGGCUCAUCUGUCUCCAACAAUGGGCCCACUAGUCCGAAGCCGAACUCCAACGACUCUACAAAGGCUUUUGAGCGUAUGACAGAGCGACUUGGGCUAGGGCUGUCUACCCCAAAGCAAUCCAAGUCCUCAUCUCGCAUACCCCGAUCUAUACCUUACAAGAGCCAAAACAAGGUAUCGAAGAUUGCGCAGCAUUUCGAACAGCUGUCACGAGAAUUUCAGAACCAGCGUAUGCGUGAGAGACGUAAUGAUCGAGCUAGGCAAGUGCGCGCGUUCCCACUUGCCUCCUCUAAACCGGUGGUCGAGGUGUACAAGAAUGUUCAUGACGCUGUACAAGAGAAUGAGGAUUCUGAUGAAGAUCUGCGUACUCCAACUCCUCCUCGGGCGAGUCUAGACAACAGUACACUUGGCGACAGCACCUUUACAGAGCACACAGGUGACACAACAGCAUCUCAGUCACCGGUUGAGAGGCGACACCCUCAUGAUGAAAUGGCCCAACUUCCCAGCUGCGAUGAGUCACCCAAAUCUCCAAGCCACUUUCCAUCAGAUCCCGAGAACGACAUCAGUGAUACGGAGACGACGCCAGAAGAUAUUCCUCUACCGGAGAGCCUCGCGGGCUCUCAACUUCUGAGUCUAAGUGACUCGCAGCUGGAAAACUCUCUUGAGCUCCCCAAACACGAGAAGAACACAUUACUCAAGAUUCUUACCAGUUUCUGGUCCGAGCGAUCAGCAAGUGGAUGGACACCGCUUGAGUAUCCAUUCUCACAGAUCGAGCACGUCUGGGAGAACUCGGAUAUCAUCAUCCGGGAAGACGAACCCAGUUCCAUUAUUGCAUUGGCGCUGUCGUGUCCAGAUUAUGUUGCCAAACGACAAACCUUCCGCGAUUUUACUUCAAGUGAUGGCGUUAUGGAAACGUUUGAAGAGUCAGUCGAACGAAAUCUGCUGCAUGAAGAAAACCACAACAUCCGCUACAGUUUCACCAAUCGUGGGGUAAAGGCGCACUGCAAGAUUUUCUACGCCCAAUCUUUCGACGCACUCCGCCGCAAAUGCGGUGUGGCAGAACGCUUCGUGGAGUCCCUCUCCCGCUGUUCGAAAUGGGAUUCCAAGGGCGGGAAGUCCAAGUCAAUCUUUUUGAAGACCCUCGACGACCGUUUUGUCCUGAAGUCACUCUCUCCAGUCGAAGUUCAAGCAUUCUUCAAGUUCGGCCCCAACUACUUUGCCUUUACGCACCAGAAUCUCUUCAAAUCGCUACCCAGCGUCAUCGCUAAGAUGUUUGGCCUUUUCCAAGUCCAGAUCAAGACACCCACCGGUCGUGACUUUGACUGGUACAUGCUUGUUAUGGAGAACCUAUUCUACGAUCGCGAACCGAAUCGCCGCUACGAUCUCAAGGGCAGUAUGCGCAAUCGCAAGAUCCAAGCCACUGGCGAACGAGAUGAAGUUCUUCUAGACGAGAAUCUUGUUGACAUCAUCUACUCUGAGACACCGAUCUUCGUCCGUGAGCACACCAAGAAGUUGCUCAAAGCAAGUGUGUUCAACGAUACGCUUUUCCUAUCACAGAACAACGUUAUGGACUACUCUCUCAUGGCAGGCUUUGACGACACACAACGCGAGAUCAUCGUAGGCAUUAUCGACUGCAUUCGCACCUACACCUGGGACAAGAAGCUAGAGAGUUGGAUCAAGGAUCGCGGCAAGAACAAGCCUACCAUCACGUCGCCGCGUGAUUACAGGAACAGAUUCAGGAUUGCGAUGGAAAAGUAUAUCCUCCAAGCGCCCAAUUGCUGGCACCAAUUCAGUGGUAGGCUCGUUGGACAGAGCGUCGAUGGACGAAGGGCGCUGGUUGAGGGCAGAAGCAGUAUGGAGGCAGGGCACAAGAGGGGCGUCAGCGGUAGUAGUGCGGCAGGAUCGAGUACGGUAAUGGAUAUGGGACGCACAUUGGCGUAUGGUGAUGGCCGUAAUGCUCGCAGGACAUGA